AUGCCAACAAAUUUAAAUAUAGUGAAGGUUACAAAACCACAGGAAGAGAAUAAAAAUUUUAUACACAAAAACACGGAUGAACCCAAUGAAAUUGAACAAUCACAGACACAAGAAGAAGUUACUGAGAAUAUUGCCGAGAUCCAUAUUCACGGUGCAAAUGAUCAAGCAGCUAAGAGAGGUAGACUAAAUUUAAAUACAGUUGAUCACGUCGAGGCUUAUCCACUAAUACAAGAGACAGAAGAGAUAGCAAAGAAGAUUGCAAUAACGAGAAUCAUUUUAGCACAGACAAAGCCUAGAAUCGAUAAAGUGAUAAUCUCACGGCCUAUUCAAACUGUAGCGCCAGUAAUCAAUUUUCUUGACAAGAUGGCUAAUUCAACUUUGAAUACUGUAGAACGUGUUGUUCCUUCUUUAAAAACAAAGACCUAUAAAAGAUUAGGUGAGGAAAUUGCACUUCCAUAUACUCUGUCGAAAAAGUAUGGAAAACAGUUUAAGGAUACGACGGCAAGAAACGGAGAGAACUAUAUUUACCAACCUGUCCAUGGAAGGUUGGUGAAAUUUAGGAAGUACUAUAAUGAAAAAUUAAUAGACACAAAAGGCAAGCCUUUGAUUAGAGGGCAUCUUGACCCUGUUUUAUUACCAGUCAACAACGCAUUUGAAAAGGCAACGGUAAAAUAUUUUCCAAAAGGCGAGAAGGUUCCAAAUGAUACCUUUAGCUGUGAGUUUAAUAGAGGGUUAGCCCUGGAUUACAAUUUUAUGACAAGAGCAGUUUCUGCUGCUGGUCACCAAGUCGUUGGUAUUGCAAAGCUACCUAUUGCCUAUGGUUAUCAUACAAACUCUGUUUAUAAUAAAAACUUAGACAAACAAAAUGAUUUGAGGAUCAAAAAUGUAUUGAAAGGUACCUGGGAUACCAUAACUGAUUUAGAACACGAAAUUUGGGCCUCUGUUACUGAUGGGAGUUUAUUUAGAUUUUUUGGUACCAAAUCGGAGGGAGACAAUUUACCACAUCUAGUACAAUAG